CAACAGAUAGCUCAACGUUGUUAUUUGAUCGCUGAACAGAGAUAUGCUGGAGGUAUCUACGUCAGGAGGGGCCAGCGUCAUGUCAGCUGCAAAGCGCGCGAAGGUGUCUGCGGCGAACGGCGGCAGUGGUGGCAGCAGUGCCCACCCAACGCAGGUCGUUUCCCUCCGGGAGUUUGCUGCAGCAACAGGGCUCGUCCGGGGCGGGGACAUGUUCUUCCAGCAGCUGCUCCUGGUCAGUGUCGUAAACGUGUCUGAGAAGAGCGAGUGCGAUGCUGCAACGGGAAAGUCACAAGAGAAGAGUGUCCCAGCCGCACCCCCAAGCAAUGCUGCCGCAUCCACUUCCCUCGCACCAGCGUCUGCCAACGCUUCUGACAUCAGGCAGACCUGCACGACACUCGCUAUCCGGUUUGGUGUCGAGGCUCGCCAAGCACUUGCCAGGAUUCGUCUGGCGGCUUCCGGGGCAUGGGAGCUGGUGUCGGGGGUCACAACGGCCACAACAUCGGAGCUGGACAGUGCCCAGGAAGCAGCAUCCUCGUCGUGCGCCGCAAGCAUGAACAAUGCUGUGCUUCGCGCAGUGGCAGCCCAGGUUCAGGCAAAGACAUUGUCCUUGCAGGACAUGGCAACAGAUAAGCUGGCGAUGCUGUUGCGCCGUAUCAACGAGCAACUUGGUGCACUGGACACAGGGUCGCCAGAAUCCACCACAAACACAACCCCAUCAAUCGCAGUGGCAGCUGUGGUCGAUCCAGGCCACGACCUGCUCAAGCAAACACAAACCAUCCUCAAGGCAAUUCCAGAGAGCACUCUCGUGCAAGGUGCAGCGAGAGAACAGCUGGUGAAUGUGGCAAGAGUGCUGAUGAACAUCGCAGGUACACUGGGCGACGGCAACGCGGGCAUACCGCGUUCAACACAGGAUGCGCUCAGCGACACAUUCGGGCACGUGAUGAAGCUUCUUCCACAGGAGGGCGGCGCUGCUGCAGACUUUGGGAUCGACACGCGUAUCCAGCAGAUGCUGCAGCAGCUCGACGACCCACGAGAAGCUUGCGUGCACUCGAUGCCGUGGCAGACGCGGCUUGGAACGCUAAUGAAGAUGGGUGUACACAUCAAAGAGCACCGACGGCUGCAUGUGGUGGAGGAGUGGAUUGCGUCGCAUCACCGCGCGUGGCCGCUGGUCGCGCGCAUGCUACACCGGAUCAUCCACCAGGCAACGCCACAGCGCCACCACCACCAUCAUCGCCCACAGCUGCCACUGACCACCUGA